GGUUUUGGAGUGUUACCUGCUGCGAGGUUCCAAUCGUUCAUUCACAAGAUUUGAGGAGCAGGGACUGUGUGUAAGAGAGCGCGCCAUACACAGGAGCUCGCUGGAGAGCUACAACCUUAGGGCUCGUGUCUAUUUAUUUAUAUAGAUAUAUAUACACACACACACACACAUAAAUCAUAUUUAUAUUCAAUAGAAAAGCUUUGUUUUUGUUUCUGUCCCCGUCUCAAAGUUUUGCAUUCUGUCGGUUCACAAUGCGCUGGACAAUGGGAGCACUUUCAAUGGAGCAGGGAGUCGGGUUGCUGUGGACUGGCUGCUUGCUGCUGGAGUGGCUGGCGGUGGCGGGAGCGGCGGGCAGCCUACUGCUGGACACCGGCGACAUGCACUCGAGCUUCGUGCACCGGCGCCUCAAGCAGCACGAGAAGAGGGACAUGCAGCGGGAGAUCCUCUCCAUCCUGGGGCUUCCCCACCGACCACGGCCGCACUCGCACGGAAAGCAGGACUCGGCGCCGCUCUUUAUGCUUGACCUGUACAACGCCAUGUCCAGCGGCGGAGGCGGCGAAGAGGAGGAAGAGGAUGGCGAGGGCUUCUCGCACCGCUACAGAGCCGUGUUCACCACGCAGAGCCCGCCGUUGGCCAGCUUGCAGGACAGCACCUUCCUCAACCAGGCCGACAUGGUCAUGAGCUUUGUGAACUUGGUUGAACACGAAAAGGGCUUUGCACUCUACCAACCGCAUCAUCAAGAGUACAAAUUUAACCUGUCCCAAAUUCCAGAGGGAGAGGCUGUCACUGCAGCAGAGUUUCGGAUUUACAAGGAAUGGGUGAGAAGGCAUUUCGAAAACGAAACAUUUCAGAUCAGCAUCUACCAGGUGCUUCAUGGGAAUGUCAAUAGCAAUACGGAUCUGCUCCUGUUGGAUAGUCGGACGGUUUGGGCCUCGGAAGAAGGCUGGCAGGUUUUUGACAUCACCACGACAAGCAAUCUGUGGGUGAUGAGCCCACUGCACAACCUUGGGCUCCAGCUUCACGUGCAGACCAUUGAUGGUCAAGGUAUCAACCCCAAAAUGGCAGGACUGAUUGGCCAACAUGGGCCUCAUGACAAGCAGCCCUUUAUGGUGGCUUUCUUCAAGGUCAGUGAGGUGCACAUCCGAACGACGCGAUCGGCUACGAGCAAACGCAAGCACCAAAGCCGCACCAAAGCUACAUCAGCUCAAGAGUCACCCAGAGCAGCAAGCUUAUCUGAAUACAACACCAGUGACCAACGACAAGCUUGCAAAAAGCAUGAACUGUAUGUGAGUUUUCGGGACUUGGGAUGGCAGGACUGGAUAAUAGCCCCGGAAGGAUAUGCAGCAUAUUACUGUGAUGGAGAGUGCUCAUUUCCUCUUAAUGCACAUAUGAAUGCGACAAACCAUGCGAUCGUACAGACACUGGUCCACCUCAUGAACCCAGACUACAUUCCAAAGCCCUGCUGUGCUCCCACUAAGCUGAAUGCAAUUUCGGUCCUCUUCUUCGAUGACAGCUCAAACGUUAUAUUGAAAAAAUACAGGAACAUGGUGGUCAGGGCAUGUGGCUGUCAUUAAAAGGACAAGAAAGUUCAUCUUAAUCUGAAACUACUGGAGAGUAACUAUAUCCUCAGUGCAUAGCAAUAUACAUCCUGGAGCAAUACCUCUGUAAAUAUUGUUUACAAUUUUUUUUAAAAGAAAAGUUUCUACUUAAAAAGGCUUUUGUAAUAUAUUUUGUACAUAGUUUUCAUAAAAAUGUAAUUUAUUUGUUUUGGGGUUUUUAUGGUAACUUUUUUUAAACUAGGGGCUGUAAUGAUAGCAGCCACUGGGUUUUAAGAGGGUGGAAGACAGUGCAAGAGAUUCAGGAGAAACCUCAUACGAUUUUACAGCUUCAAAUUUGAAUUUUAUGAAAAUCUGCAAGGCCACUUCA